AUAAAGAAGCGGCGCGCUGUAGUUUACGAAGACCUGAUAAUGAGACGGUUUAGACAAUAAGUAUCGGUGUUGGCAGCAGGACCGGAUGGACAACUUUUGGACAGAAUCCCUGCCCACAUUGUCGCCUCGAGAGUACUUGCUUCAGACAUCACACCAGGAUGGGUACUACGUAAACUGUACUAAAAAGGCUCUGCAUUUAAGCCGAGAAAGAUGAAGUAGCGGAGAAACCCAUGAUGUCUGUGUCGGUCCUGCAAAAGACUGUAGCGUAAAUCUACGACUGUCAAUGAAGCACCAUCCACAACAUUCAGACGAAUUCAUGACUACUCGCCAAAAAUCUAUAGGGAAUUGAGCGUAUUUUUCGCCUGAUAAACCACCAGCAAAGACGGGGCUCAGUGACCUGUCAACUUCGGCAAAUCCCUAGAAAUUCGCGAAUUGAUCAAGAAGUCACCGGCCGUGUAACUGCGAAAAAUGUUCUUUUUUUAGAGCUGGGGUCGAGCAAGGAGCUUUCAUCCUUGGGCCGAGCUACUUUAUACCGGCUGUGUCUCGGCGUUUUUACCAGUAGUUGUUCCUUGAGAGGAUACUUCAUCACCAUGGAAGACGUGUUGAGCAGACUGGACCGUCUGUCGGACAGGUUAGCAGUAAUGGCGGACAGACUGGUGUCUGCAGAGGGAGAGCUGUACGGAGUCACACGACGCGCUGCCGAGGCCUGCAGGACUGAGAAACGUCGCAAUGCCAAUAAUGCUUCCCAGAUCACAUACCUAUCGGAACAGCACAGACUGCAUGAACAGCAGCUGUCCAUGGCAAAGGAGGUCAGCAGGCUGCAGGUACAGCUCAACCUACACAAGAGGAUACAAGCCAGGAAACUUCGGCCUCCGGAUCCGGCUUAUGCUAUCAAACUGGAGCACGACCGCAACAACCUACAGCUGAGCCGUGCGCAUGCGCUAUCAAGACUGGCCGCGAGUAACCGAGUGCGUCAGAAACUACGAGAGAGACAAGAAUCCCGUACCAAAAUAGAUUUCUAGAAAUCCAACCCUAACGUCCAGAAAUAAACUAUUCUCUAUCUAUGACUUAAAAUCUUAUAUGUAACGUCUUGCGCAUUUCUAUUUGUUUUUUUUUCUAUUUAAGGAAUUGCUUUGCUGAUUUGAGUUUUCUACCUUUGUUGUGGAAAUGGUGACAUGAUCGAUAAUUGAAGGAUUACUGUUAUGCAUAUGGUUGUCAAACAUUUCGUAGAAAAUGAUAUCGGCUGAAAGUGCCUUAUUUCAAUAGCAAAUCUUCAAUAUAAGCGUGAUAGCGUGAUAUUCCAUUUUGUGGCUCACCAUCUGUGCUCAUUUAGCAGACCCUACGUACUAUCUGUGUCAAAUACUGAAUACUGAACAGAAGAGGAAAAGUAAAACAAAUUAAGGCUAACGUCGGUUUGCGUUUCAUCAUAUCGAAGAUUAGAAGCGCCUCCAUGUGAAAGAUGACGGGAUAGCAUGGACGUCUGUAAAAGAAAAUCACUUAAAGAUUGACCGAUUUCACCUGUAACCUUUUGAUGAUUAGUUUAUGUUGUCCUUUAUUUAUUUAGUACAAGUUAUUGCCGUUUAGUAUUUAUAGAUCUAGACCUACCUUCCUUUUCAUUUUUAGCAAGAUACGCUACGGACGCAUGAUGGAAUUGGUAAAUAUGGAAGACAUAAUUAGUGUUGAUGGUUUUUGUACCGAAUGGCAUUAAAAAAAAACUUCUUUGUUGCCGAGUUGUCGCUCACUUGUUGGUUUAUAUCCUACAAGACAGUGAAAUUUUCCGUGCGUUCCACUACGCAACUCAACUCUGACGUCUGCCAUUGAAACUUGUACGUACAUAGCACAAAGGAUGGCGACAGCAUUACGUCAUACUAAGUAUACUCUAGCGCGCGUGAAGGCCUUCGGGAGUAUCCAGCCAGUCCCGGAAGUA